UGCAGGGGUGACUUGCAGAGAGAAACCUCUUCUGGCCCAAGUGGCUAAUCUGCCAGAAGCAGCCAGGGUGAGAGGAGCCCUGGGCAGGGUUGGGGGGCGGGAGAGCAGGACCCAGCAGGCUUUGAUGGGCUGGAGCGGUGUGGUUUAGACUGGAGCGAAAGGGGCGGGCGAGAGAGCGAGGAGGAGAGAGCCACAGUCCCUGGCCACGAAAACUGCUUGAGGUCCUGCCAGCCGAACUGAAGGGAGACAGUGAAGUGCAGAAGAGCCUGGAGAUGAGGACCCUGGGGAAGUCGCCGGCUUCAGAGCCGAAGGUAAUCAUGAUUCUCCUGUUUGCCACCGCUGCUUCCAGUAAAGCAGACCCGACAGCUUCAGUAAAUUCCUCUGGGCCUUCACUUGUGGCACAGACCUUCCCAACCCUCAUCCCGGACCAGGAAGCUCAAGCUUGCAGCAACUUCGACAAAGGUUGCACUUCGGUGGAGGCAGUGGUGGGUUCCAAGGCAACUCUUCCCUGUUGUAUCGUCCCAUUGGAGAAUCUCAUUAUGGUUUCAUGGACCAUCACCUGCAAUGGAACUGCUAACUGGACCAUGGCUUACAGGAAUGAUACAGCCUAUAUCACCACCCCUCCUGAUGUGAGAUUAGCCUGGGGACCGAGACCCGAUCUGAAUCCAGCCUUGCAGAUUGAACCCGUGACAAUCACAGAUGACAACUUUUACCGUUGUGAUAUUGCAACAAGUCAGGGAAAUUUCAACUGCGGACUUUGCCUGAGUGUGUUGGUACCUCCCACGGUCUCGCUGGUUGUGGGGAAGGACAACCAGGUUGUGUGCGAGGCCUCUGCAGGGAAGCCGGCUGCCCAGAUAUCCUGGGUCCCUCCAGGGGAGCACAGCACCUCCAGCAGGACCCACGGCAACGGGACAGUGACGGUGGUCAGCACCUACUGGGGGAACAGCAGCUACAUGUCUGACCUUGUCUGCUCUGUGAGCCAUGUGACGGGGAACAGGUCUCUGUCCAUGUACGGGACCUCAGGUCUUGGACCUUCUCAACUGCUGCCGGUUCUCUUGUCCCUCUCUGGGCUCCUGGCAGUUUUGAUCAUCGGGGGAGCUCUUGGAAGACAGAAACUCAGAGGCUGCUGCAGGACUCCCCCUACUGUGAUACAUGAAGCCAGCUUUGGUGCUAAAAAGCCCUUGACCCCCGGGUUCCAGGGUUUGACUGGCGCUUCCAGUCAGAACCAGGAGGAGAAGGAAGAGGAGGAGGAAGUGGAGCACAUUUAUCUCAACACCAGCGUGGAGAGCAGUGCGCACAGAAGAGCUUGGACCCAGGCUUCCAGCCGGGACCAGGAGGAGGAGGUGGAGCACAAUUACUUCAACACCGGGGCAGAGAGCAGUGCCCGUGGAAAUGCUUGGACCGAAGUUUUCUGCCAGGGGGAGGAGCACAUUUACCUCAACUUCAAGUAGAAGAGUGGUGCUCCCGGGAGCCUGAAGCCUAGUCAGGCCUUGCUCCCGCCCUAUCACUGCUGUCCCUAGGGGCUCUGAAAAGUUUAGGGGAGGAGGAAACUGACCCUGGGCACAGACUUUGGAGGAAGGAGUCAAUCCUCUCUGUGUGCUGCUGCCUUUGUUGGGGUCUGGCUGGUUCAGAGACUUGGCUUGCUGGGCUCACUGGCCUUAUUUGGUGGCACCAGGGUUACGGGAGGUUGGAGUCGGUGAACAAAUGGGCCUGAAGCUGGGCCUGGCCUGGCAUCUCUCUGGACUGCCUAUAGCAAAGGUGUGGUUAAGUCUGUAGAUGGUUCCUGCUGGGAUAGACUCAGGGCGGUCCCAUCAGCCACAGGUCUGGCAGGGGCCUGGCAAGGGUUUGGGGGAUGUGGGAGGGGCUGCUUGCAGCUUGGCAUUUUUUUGCCCCUUCUGCCCAGAGAGUGCUUGGGACACUUUGCACAAGUGUCCCUGCCCUGACCAUCACACCAGUGUCUGAGGGGAUCUGCCAACCUGCUGGGAGUAGCCAGAGAUUCCUGCUGAUGCUCCAGCACCCCCAGGUUUGGCCAGGUGCUGAGGGGUAGGAGCUGCUGGAGGUGGGAGCUUCCUGAGAGGAAAGCCUUGGGGUCCCAGCUCACACUCUUUUUCAUUCCUCCCUGCAGUCAUCAGCAUUUUCUGUCCAAAAUUGUUGUCUCCACCUGGGUCUUGGUCAUUUGUGUGGCUGUUGUUUGGAGCCCCUGACCCCUCCUGGAUUCCCCACCUGGUUUUUCUCCCCACCACUGCUGGAGCCGAGCGGUCUCCUGAGCAGACCAUGUUCCUUGUUGUCCAAUUGGGCAUAUGACCCUUUUCUUGCUGCAGUCUGGCUCUUCCCAUGCCCCCUCCUGCCCCUGCUUGGACCUGGGCUCCCACCUCCGGCCCCACCCUCCAACCAGCCUCCU